CGACAUCAUCUUCCAAAACCAAUACAGCGCCCGCACCUUCAACCAACACCAACGUCAAGAUGAGCUCUGACGAGUCUUCCGAGCUGUCUUCCGUCCCGUCGGAGGACGAUACUAAUCUUCAAUUAACUAAAAAGGAUGGCAUAUUGAAGUUCUUUUCCAAAGCUCCCCCUUCCGCCGCAUCGAAGGCCAAAGAGGCUUCGCCGCCUCGCCCUAAGCGCGAGCCUUCCCCUCCUCAUGAAUACGUCCUGGCAGAUAAUCCUGAUAUUGCUUUCAUCGUCAUGUUCCGCUCAAGAUUCACGGAAGCCUUCCCAAAGUCCCUUUACAAUUUCGGUCCUCAGGAACUCGAACGAGAUAUCGUAGACACCGUCCCUGGAGAGGGCGCGGAGCAUUUGCUGUGCGCAUUGCUUGGAUUGCUCCUCAACAGAAAGCAGGAUGUAAAGGCAGGACAUUACAAUCGAGCGCUGGAGGAAGCAGUUCAGACUCACAAGUCGCAAUGGGCGAAGGAUUGGGAGAGCAAGAAUCCGCUGUCUGGGGGUGCGACCUUCACCACAAUGAUGCCUACUCAACGACUUACUCUCCUACGAACCCUGAUUCUAUGGUCCCUCUCCUCCUCCGAGACCGUGAAGGGUAUAAUUCAAGCCUCCUACAAGCAAAGCCGUCACGACGAUGAUCUCAACCAACCGCUUUCGGUCCAACCAUGGGGUUCAGAUGGCGAUAAGCGUCGAUACUAUCUUAUUGAAGGUCUGGAUGAUACACACUUCAGGAUAUACCGCGAGAGCAACCACACUGCUAUAAAGCGAACCUGGUGGAGCGUCGCAAGUGAUAUCGACGAAUUAAAGGCUCUUGCCGACAAGCUCUCUCAUGAGGGUGGUCAGAAAGCCCGCCUUCUCAGUCAAAGGAUUCGAGCUGCUAUCCCUCGCUUUGAGUCGACAGAGGAGAAGCGGAAGCGACGUGAAUAUCGACAAGGACGUAAGAAUCAAUUCAAGCGUCCAGAGCCCAAUUACUCCAUGUAUGAAGGCCGUACCCGAGGCAAGCGUAUGAAGUACACGUAUUCGGACGAGGAGGAUGACAUAUAUUCCGAUUCUACAACUACUCGACGGUCAACACGCAAUACCGGAACACACACUCCUGCGGAACAAAGCGGUCCUACCAUCACUCAAAGUGGUCGUCAGGUUAAGUCUCGUCACGGAGGUACCUAUGGUGAAAGCAUUCUGAGCGAAACUCAUGCGCCGACUAUCUCUGCUGGAGGAUUUGAUGGAACAAGCGAAGAGCCUGAAGGUGAUGGAUCCGGCAGACCAAGACGGGCAGCAGCUACUGCUGCUACCAACGGAUGGACCGCGAAGGGAGGUCGUCAUAUCGAAGGUUACAACAAUGUCGAUGAGAUGACAAGCGAGGAUGAGGGGGAUGCGAGUGAGCAAGAUUACGGCGAUGAUGAAGAAGAGGAUGAUCAUAUCUCACUUGGAACAGACGUUGAUGACCCCGAUGACUUGACCGAUGAGGAUGAGGACCUGGAUGAGGCCGACGAGAAGAAAAAGUUGAUCGUCAAGCUACCAGUCAAGACGCCCACCCCGGAGAAGAUCACAACUACCAAGCUUCCACUGACUCCAGAGAAAGAAUUUGCUAAAUCAGCUGGUUUGUUCUCAUCCACUGCAAGCAACGAGAAUGCAUCCACCAGUACUUCGAAUGCUGUAAGCGGUGCAAACCCGACUGACGUCGAUACGAAGGAGAACACCCAUCCAUCAUCGAACUCGGGAAUGACAAACACAACAACAAAGCCGAUUAAUGUUCCGCCUAAGUCUCCUCACCAACCUCAAAUAGCUCCGUUGUCUCCUCUCGCUUUCCGUGGCAGUCCGGAAAAGCUACCUGCCUUCCCUCCCUCCGUUGAUGUUAGAUUUGGGGGAACUUAAAAGCAGAUCAUGAAUGGUUUUCUUUACAUCGAAUGAGGGUAUCUAAAACAGGUGGGCGGCACUAUUGUAAAAGGGGAUGUUUUAGAACGGCGUACCAGGUGUUCAUUUGGGCGGUAUGUUGGCACACACGUACUUUAGACACCAUGCAGUCGAAAGCUACAGUAUUAAGUCUCUGAAUGGAGAGAUGGCUUCACGAACGAAAAAACAUUUCCCAAUGCAUGUGACUGUAAAGUAACCGAUCAUCAAAUUGACC